CCGACUGCGCUGCCGCCGCCGCCUCCCGUAUAUAAGCCACCGCGAGUCCGGUCGCCAGCCCAGUGCCAGCUCGGGAGCCGCUGUUUCCUUCCUUCGCUUUCUCCCUGCGUCCUCAGUCCCUGCUGGUCCGGGACAUCCCUCUCCCUCUGAGCAGCACUUGCUGGUGCAGCCACCUGCCUCUGUCACCCCCAGUGCCUCCCUUCUUCCCACCUCUGCUGGACCUAUGAAGAAAACCAAUAUGUGGCUUUUGGAUCGUCUGAGAGGGUCUGGAGAGAACGGUGCCUCCCGCGGAGCGGAUGGGGACCGGUCCUCUAAGGGGCCCCUCUACAGCAAUGUACUCACCCCAGAUAAGAUCCCCGACUUCUUCAUUCCUCCGAAGCUUACCUCAGGGCCCGGCGAAGGUCAGGCGGAGGGGGCCGCUAUGGGUUCAGGUUCAGGCUCCAGCUCCCCGCACUUGGGAUCAUCAACCUCUGAACAAAACUUGGCCUCUGGCAGCAGCGGGGCGCGAAAGGCCCAACGAAGCCCCCGUUUGCCCGCAAAGCUAGCAGCCGAGAGUAAGAACUUGCUGAAGGCAGCCAGCCGGCACGUGAUCCAGAUCGAGAGCGCUGAGGACUGGCAGCCAGAGGAAGAGGAGGAGGCGGUGGCCACCAAUGCUGACCCCCAGGCUCAGACCGCCAUGUCUUUGCCCUACGUACCCAAGGCCCAGACAUCCUACGGGUUUGCCACUCUGAUGGAGAGCCCCCACACCCGGCGCAAGGAGUCACUCUUCCACAGUGAGCACACCGGUCUGGCCCAGGCCGGAUCCCCCGGUGCCCUUCGAAGAGCUGGGACCAAGGCCAAUGGCGAGGGCACCUCCCGGGCCGAAGGUCUGAUGAGCCCCUACCGAUACUUCAGCGGCGGGGAGAGCGACACAGGCUCGUCAGCCGAGUCGUCCCCCUUUGGCUCACCCCUGCUUUCACGCUCGGUGUCUCUGCUCAAGGUUUUUGCCCAGGAUGGGCAGGCCAAGGUGAGCCAGCUGAGGCACUCUGUGGGCCGUCACAGCUCCUUGUCCACGGAUGACAGCUCUGCCGACGUCAGCCCCAGCGCCCGCCGCCGAGCCCGCCGGGGCACUCCAACGGGCCCAGAGGCCAGCGGUGAAUCCGCCUCCACCCCUCGGGGCGAGCACACUGUACGUCUGGGCAAACGCGGGAGCCUCCGCCUAGCAGCUGAGUAUGAUCCGGCCCGUGCCCGCCUGAGAGUGAGGCUGCUGGCCGCCGAGGGCCUCUAUGACCGUCUCUUUGACACCCGAAGCAUCAAUUGCUGUGUGGGCCUCUGUCUGACACCUGGGAAGCUACAGAAGCAGCGGAGUACCAUCAUCAAGAACACUUGGCACCCCAUCUUCAACGAGGACUUCUUCUUCGAUGGCCUGUGCCCCUCUAGUGCCCGCAAGCUGGCUCUCAAGCUCAAAGUGGUGAACAAGGGAGGCAGCCUGAAGAGGGAUACCCUGCUGGGAGAGAAGGAGGUGCCCCUCACGGCCCUGCUCCCAUUCUUGUGAAGGCCCCCCCAACCCAGCCCCCCAUCUCAGAGGAGGGGGUGGGGAACCCCUCUCUGACCCAUUCCUACCCUAGGUGCUCCUCUCAGUUCCUUCCACAUUUCUGCCCCACCUGCCCACCCAGGGAAUGUGGGGAAACUCCAAGCCCACAGCACUGAGAGCUGCAUGCCCAGGGUGAGGGAUGCAGGGGGUCCCAGGAGGGAUUGGGGGUAAGGGAGAAAAAUGGUCCUCACACCCAGCCACCUGGCUGUGCUUUAGUCCCAGGUCACUAUAAGAAACCAGAGUGUCAUUUUCACUCAUUUAUAUGGGGGUGGGGAGGGGGAGGGGCUGAGACAAUAGCACUGGGCAGUGGUGAGAGCCCCAGAUUUGGAGUCAGGAUGAUCUGGCCUCAAGUUCCACCUUUGCCUCUUGCUCUCUAGGAGAUCUUGAGCAAGUCUCUUCUCUCUGGCCUCAGUUUGCUCAUCUGUAAAAUGAAAAUGUUGGACUAGAUAAUUUCCAAGAUCUGUUCCUGGUCUAAAUCCCGUGACCUGGUCCAAGGGUCUCACGUCCCUCUGGCUGGGGAAGGAGACUUGUUGAUAGAUGGGGAGGAGACAAGCAGACAAAAAACAGACUGGAUUCUUUCCAGUGUGGAAAAGGGGGGGGUAACCUCUCAUUUUUUUCUACCCCCCUCUAUAAUCCUAAGAAGACGGUACCUUCUUCCUCCAAACCCUUUCUGCAUAGUUUUAAAUUGGGUUGCUGAAGACCUGCUGGAAUUUGGGCAUCUCAAGUCAGGGAGGAACUGCUGGGGGAGGGGGGGGGCGGGGGAGGCUAAUGGAAGGCCCUUGGUACUGUGUAGGGAAAGGAAUGAGAUCCCUUCUAGGGCUGUCAAGGGCCUGCCUUUGUCACCCUGGUUGACCCCAGCUCUGCUUCCCCAGGAGCACCCAGGUGAGUCCCCCGGAUCAGCUGAUCCUGGGCUGGGAAACCUCCCAUCUCCAGAAGCCCUUCCUAGCUCUACUCCCUGCCCUAGUGGAUAAUGAUUAAAGGGAUGACUUCUGGGAAUGGUCAGAAGCAAAGGUUGGGUUCUAGAGCUAAGAGAAACCUUAGAGCUUAGUGGGACUAUCUAGCCCAACCCCCUUUGUUCUACAGAUGAAGAAGCUGCAAUUCAAAGAGAAUGAGUUCCUUGAGGUCACACAACAAGACAGUGUUAGAAUCAGGGCUGGAACGCUGGGUUCUAGACAGGGCUGCUCUCACUCUAGGGCACUCUAGUGCUGAGAUCAGCCUGGAAAAAGCCCUGGGAAGCAAAGAUUGAAGGAUUGCUUUUGCCUCAUCCCCUGGGGGAUGGAGGCAGCCAGUAAAUCUGCCUGCCUUCACAGUCGGCCCCGCCCUCCCCUCCUCCGGCCAGGGGGUGCUUUGUCAGUAUUUAAACCCUCCGCUCCCCAGCCGGGGAGCCAUUGAGUCCUACGCACUCCUGGCCGGCCCCCUUGCCUCCUAUUAUUUUCCACUCCAUGGUAUCCGUGUCCUCUGUCCCUUGUCUCCCUGCAUGAUGCCUGGCUAAUGCCUGAGAGAGCGCCAUGGGGCCCCAUACUGUGCCCGGUCUCCAGGGCCCAUGCUUGGCUCCCCAUCCUCUUGCACACGGCAGAUGGCAGCCGUAGGCCUUGCUGUGCACAGCUAUUUAUACUUGGAGAGUGAUUGACAUCUCCCCGUGUUUUAUUCUGCGUGUGUAAAUAUGUUUUGGAUACAGUCUGGGUGGGUAUAGUGAUUUGUCAUGGCUUUUUUAUUUUUAUUUUUUGUAGUUCUGAGGCCUUUAAGAAGUCUCUGCUGGUCCCUGGGGGCAGGUGGAGGGAAUUCCCAGCUCGGCCAAGGACUGGAAGCAGCUUGGGAUGGUUGCCAGGAUAACUCCGAUCCCGUUCUGGGAUGGGGACCUGGCAUUCCUUCCCAAUUCCUCACUCUCUUGGCACCCCUUUGGAUGGCUAGCCAACAAUCCCCAGAGCUCUCCACUGGGGCCUGAGCACAAGGUGUCCCUUUCCCCCAAACUCCCAGGUGGGGGAGUGGGGACUAGCAAACAGCUGUCCCUUGCUUGGUGGGCAAGGCUGGCCAGUCCCUCUCUUCCACAGUUGGCCUCUGCCUCCAUAUCCUGACUGGGGUCGGGGUAGCUCGUGACAGCCAGAGCCCCCUCCCCCACAACAAGUAGGGGGGAGAUUCUUGGCUUCCAGAAUCUUAAAAUGUCAGAGCCAGAAGGGGCCUGACCAUAGACUCCAGCCAGCCCUGUAAUUUUAACGAUAGGGAAACUGAGGUGAUUUACCUGAGAUACAUGUGGUGAUUCUGGCAGUAGAGAACCAAAGCCCAGACUUCCUAGCUCUAGGUCUGGGGCUCAUUAUUUCUGCCACCUGUUGGUUGGCUGGGAUUGGUAACUGAUCUUAAUCCUUCCAGUGGCUGGAAGAAGCCCACUUGGGAUGUGAGGAGGGCUGAGGUAAGAAAGCUGUUAAAAGGGGCUGAGCUUAGGGUCUCUAGGUGAUACGUUCCUGAACUCCAUUCCCUAAACAGAGCAGGUAUAUGUGGGGCACUCGAAGGGUGCUUUGUCUGACACCCUCAGUGCUUGGAAAUCAACACCUGCUCAUCCCAGCAGAGACCCUGGGGCUCUAGGUACCUCCCAUGCCCACUGCUCCCCAACAAACUUGUCUUCUGCUGGCACCUGCCAAGUGGGCAAAAAACACCCCCACCCUCUUUCUCUCUUGCAGUUGUUUUGAUGUUUCAACUUUGCUGGUAACUUUUAAAGUGAACUCUACCCACCUAUCUACGAGUACGUGUGUCCGUGUGUUUAUAAAUGCAUUUUUAGUGCAAUAAAGGUAUUUCCAAAACAA